AGGAGCGCGAGGUGGGGGGCAGAGAGGCGGGGUGCGGCUGGGUCCCAGGUCCCAAGGUGCUGGGUCUCCAGCCUCUUAAGAGCUCAAUCCACCCGAUCCAGGUGGCUCCACCGCGCCCCUUUCUGGGUGAGAAACAGGUCCAGGAAGGAUGUCCUGAGAGAAUCACAAGACCUCCCUGAGCCAGCUUGCUGGACUACAUAGACUACAGCAUUCCUUUGAUCUACUGAUGCUGCUGACUGUCAGGAAGGGAAUGAGGACAGUCUGAACCUGUGGACAUGGCUGACGUUGGAGCAGAUGAGCUCUCCUCCAGGUCAGAGAGUCCUGAGCCAGGGGACAGGAGCCCGGAGGACCGGUCACUGCUCCAUCAGAAGCUGGCCAUCAGAGAGCUCAUUGACACAGAGGUCUCCUACUUGCACACGCUCCGACUCUGUGCCUCUGACAUCAGGAGCCAUCUGCACCAGCUGCCACCUGGAGAUUUGGAUGUCCUGUUCUCGAACAUUGAUGACAUCAUCCAAGUGAGCAGCAGAUUCCUUCAUGGGCUGCAGGAGACAGCCUGCAGGGAAGAGGAACAGGUGGAGCUGAUUGGUAACUUAUUCCUAGAAUUCCACGAGGAGUUUGAACACAUCUAUAAAGUCUACUGUGCCAACUACGACCAAGCCCUGCAGCUGGUCAAGGAGUACCGGAAGGAACCGGAGCUGCAGAAGGCCAUCCAGGGCAUCAUCGAAGCAGCAGUGCCUCAAGCUGGACCUUCGGGUCUCAGUUUCUUACUUGUAAUUCCUCUGCAGAGGAUUACCAAGUACCCCCUCCUGCUGCAGAAAAUCCUGGAGAACACUCCCACAGAUGCCCGUGCCCACCCUGUCCUUCAGAGAGCUGCCUCUGCCCUCCAGGACGUCAACAGCAAUAUCAAUGAGUACAAGAUGCGCAAGGAAGUGGCUUUAAAGUAUACCAAGGUAGAGCAACUGAGCCUUCGGGAGCGGCUGGCCCGCAUCAACACGCAUACUCUUUCCAAGAAGACCACCAGGCUGAGCCAGCUGCUGAAGCAGGAGGCGGGGCUGGUACCCAGGACAGAGGACAAGGAAUUCGAUGACUUGGAGGAGAGAUUCCAGUGGGUGUCUCUGUGUGUGACGGAGCUGAAGAGCAAUGUGAGUGCUUACAUGGAUAAUCUGGAGGCUUUCCUCUGCUUCCGGCCACACGAAUGGAGUCUGGACAUUCCUGGUGGUCCUGCCGAACAGUACUGCGGUCUGGCGAGGGACCUUCAGCUCGAGGCCUUCCUGCAGUUUAAGCAGCGACUGAAAGGCCUAGUUUGGGACCCACUGUGUAGCCUGGCCCGAGCCCUGGUUGGCCCUCAGAACUUGAUCAAGAAGCGUCUGGACAAACUCUUGGACUUCGAGCGAGUGGAAGAGAAACUGCUGGAUGUGGGCAGUGUGACCUAUGAGGAGGAGGCGGCCCGGCACACGUACCAGGCGCUCAACUCCAUGCUAGUGGCCGAGCUCCCGCGGUUUAACCAGCUAGUCACACAGUGGCUGGGCCAGAUCCUGUGCACAUUCGUGGUCCUGCAGAAGGACCUUGCCGACCAGGUCCUGCGAAGGGCAGAGAGCAGUAUGGCCCUGCUGCCUCAUUACCACGUUUCGGAGCCGGACUUCCGGAAGCUGCUGGAGGACACACUAGGCCAGAACAGCAGCCAGCUCCGCUUCGUUAAAGAGAGCUUUGAAAAGGUGCUGCCACCCCCCACUACUCAGCCACUCCUCCCAGGCUCUGAAUACCAGCUUCAGGCUCUCCUGACCCGAUACGGCCCCGGGAAGCUAUACCAGGUGACGAGCGACAUCAAUGGGACUGGGACUCUGGACUUGACCCUGCCACGGGGCCAAAUUGUGGCCCUUCUACAAAACAAGGAUACCAAAGGCAACAGCAGUCGCUGGCUGGUGGACACAGGGGGACACCGGGGAUAUGUGCCUGCUGGAAAGGUCCAGCUGUACCGCCAUAUCAUCCCCAGUGAGAAGGAGCUCAGAGGCCAGACAGUCACACAUGAAGACUACUGGCUUCCAACUCCAGAGCCCACCCAACCCUCUGUCCCCACUGUCCCAACCGUGACCCAGGUGGUGGCAGCGUACCCUUUUGUGGCCAGGAGCCCCCACGAACUGAGUCUUCAGGCAGGCCAGCCUGUAACCAUCCUAGAAGCCCAGGACAAGAAGGGGAACCCAGAAUGGAGCCUGGUGGAAGCGAAUGGACAGAGGGGAUACGUGCCUUCCAACUUCCUGGCCAGGACCCCGGGCCCAGCUCCCUGGGGCUGGAGCCUGCCCUCUUAGCCCACCCUCUUUGGAGCCCCCAUUUCUAAGGAAAGGGAGAGGCUUUAAGGCUGGGUGACCUAGCAGGCUUGAUGCGAAGCAAAUGGGGUGGGAGAGGAGAGAAGGGCAUUCAGAAGGCAGGAGGAAGUGGUGCCGAGGCCUUACAGAAUGCCUGGUGUGGGUGGCCACGUGGGCGGUCCCGGCAUUGUCACUCAUCUGCGCAAAGAAGCCACCUCCACGCUAGGACUUAGCUAGGACUUGCCGCAGCUUGAAGCUGGUCCCACCUGUGCCUCUUGCCUCUUUCAUGUCUGGGAUGAAUGUUGCCUGUGUACCAGGUAGCCGCAGGUGUGGGCAUCACUGGCUCAGUAGUCCACAGUGCUGCCAGAAGCCACCAUUGCUCACCAGUUACCUUUACUUUCUUGUUUCCUCGAAUCGAGCUACUGCAGACAGUGAACUGUGGAGAAUCCUGCUCAGGGAGAAGCUCUGGGCACAGGCGGUUCUCCACUGGCUCUGGGAAUGGAUAUGACCUACGCACAGUUCUGGAAUGUGCCUACAAACCCAGAGGUGGUUCCAGGGAAGAUGGGGAUUUGAGGGUGGAUUAGCAGGGUGUGUGGGGCUGAUGGCAACGGUGUUUCCUAUUGCUGUUUUCUUUGGACUAGGCCACAAAGGGACUUGGCAGUCAAUCACAGGGGAAGCUCUGUGAGAUAGGUGACUGCUGGCUUGGUGGAGAGGAAUAGCUUGGUUUCCCAGUGCUGGAUUGAAGAACCAGGGAAACUCAGGUAGCCUAGGUUUGCCUCAGAGGGUCUGGAAGCAGCAGAGAACCAUUGUGAGGUGGAUGUGGGGUCUUAGGCAUAGGAUACAAGUGCAGUUUUCCACCAAGAAGGAAGUAAGUCACAGGGUACAGUAAGGACAAGAGACUGAGGAUGCAGAGGCCCCUUGUCAACCAGGAAGUGUGACACCCGUGCAGAUAUGGUCAGUGGUGUCAGGCUGGCCCAGUCCUUGGCUGGCCUGGGUCAGUAGAGAAGCAGUCCUGUCACCACCUCUCAGGUCUGUGCCAACAGUGCCCUCUUAAACCCAUGCUCUGCUUUGAGGUCCAGUCUACAUGGAUUAACAUUUGAGACAUGCCCUGUUAGGGGAUGUUGUUUUCUAUUAACCUCAAGGAGUGUGCAAACAAGGUUAGGAAAUCACUAGGUGAUAUAAUCUCAUGGGACCAUGAUAAAUGCACAGUGAUUGUCUGUAGCUGAUGGAAACAGAAGCCCCUUAAGAGUAGAUCCUGUUCCAGGAUGACAGACCUACUGGGGCAGCGUUGGGCAUAGUCACUACUGGACAAUGUCCCUCAGCUGUUUCUUUAGGUCAAGAGUCAUUGGAAGAUCCCGAGAUUGAAAAAGGUGACCCACUGUGACCUCUGUACAACUGACAAAUUAGGGAUCAACCCUCUUGAGCCAGAGCGUAAAACAGGUAGCUAUUUCAGUGUUUUCAAGACGACAUCUGACAGCUCAAGUGCCAGCUCUGGCUCCUGAAGGGCUCUUGAGAAAGACAUCCCAUCUGCAACGCGCCUCCCCUGAGCUUGUUAAAGCACGAAGCCUGUCUGACGCAAGAGCAAGACUCCCCAGUCCGUUUCCCAAUCUCGGGUUCACUCCAAGAUGUUCUCAGCCCACUUUUCCCUUCUGUUUCCUUCUCAGCCUCCUGGUAAAAAGAGGAAGAAGGGACAGCCAGGUGGCAAAGCAGGACCUGUACCUGCAGCUUCCACUCAUUUUGGCUGACAGCUCACUGUAUGUUGAGAUUCUAGCUGGGGUUCUUAGCAAGCUGCUUGCUGCAAUGACCUGGGUAGCUCUACGCUGCAGCAAACCAGGAGCCCACCUAGAGACAGCUGACGUCUUCAGGUUGGGUAUGGCCAUGGCCUUGGGCUUCAGGAAGGUAACCAGGUGAAUGUCACAGGCAGCUGCCUUCAGGACCUCUGCCCUAGACACGCAGAGGUAAACAGAGGCAGGAAAGGGUAAGUUAGGUUGUUGCCCAGCUGGGCUUUACGCUAGCUGUCCAAGCAGGAAGCUUUAGAGGCAGUUUGGAAUAGGACAGCCUGUUCUGUCAGGGCCCAGAAUAUGUAUUUAUUAAGUGCCAUUAAAGGGGACCUGAACAAAAUUGGAUGCUCUUGUAUACAUAAGGGAGAAAAAUGAGAUACACUUAGGACCAAGGCUAUCUCAUGAAGGGGAAAUAAAAAUGAACUCAGUACAUGCGGGUUAUGGUUUCUCAGACCAGCAGUGAGAUUAAAAGUCACUGGAGAGUGAGAGAAGGCAUGCUGAGAAGAUGGAGUGUGGCCUGGAUUUUCUCCAGGGGACUCUGUGUAAUGUGCCUUUUGCCCCCAAUGCCUAGAGCCAUCGCACUGUGUCUUAUUUAUUUCACUCUUGGGCUGUCACGUGCACGCUCACAAAGAUACUUGCCUAAGAAUGGAACAGAACUCCCAGGAGUUCACACGGUAUCCUUGUUCCUCAAAGUGAAGACAGAAUCCGUUAACCCGUUGAGAUCCAACUUAGUUUAGGAUGCAAGGAGAUUGUGUUAUUCAAGGGGAGAUGAAUGAAUUCUUGGUUAGCGUGAUGCACAUGAUGGGAACGGCUGGCAAUAAAGAGCUUUCUGCCGCUGGCUAGUAUACCGUUCAUUCACCGCUCUUGCUAGAUGUGAAAAUGUGUCUUGUUCAUUCAUGUGUUUGUGUGUUGGCUGCACACCCUUGGUGCCUCCAAGAUUUGGGCAUUGUUGCUGGGUAUACAGCAAGACAUCAGCUAGAUGAACUGUGUCAUUUCUGAACCCACAGUCUGGGCAGGGAGGUAGACAAGUCGGCCCUCAGUUCUGAGUAUAGGUGUCAGGAAAGGGAUAGGGCAGAAGCUGGAGCCCAAGGGAGGUGCUGAGCUCUGACCUGGACUUGGUGACCGAGGAAAGCUUCCUAAAGGAAGUGAUAUAUGACCUCAGACCCAAUGAACACCUGAGCUUAGGUGGUCAGGAGAGCAUAUGCAAAAACUAGAGGUGGCAGCAGCUAGCAAAACUGAAAGACUAUGGAGCCAGAAUGCAGGGAUGGAGGGAUGUGGCAGAGGCAGUAAGAGAUACGUUAGUUGGGGCCUGGAGAGAUGGCCUCAGAGGUUAAGAGCACUGAUUGCUCUUCUAGAGGUCCUGAGUUCAAUUCCCGGCAACUACAUGGUGGUGCACAACCAUCUAUAAUGAAAUUUGGCACCCUCUUCUGGCAUGUAGGCAAACAUGCAGACGGAACACUGUAUACAUGAUUAAUAAGAGAGGGGCAGGUCAAGCCAGCAAGGCAGAGAGUUUCAGAUUGUCUAUGGGAGCCACUGAAGCAGUUAAAGGAGAGAAGUGAAAUGCUCAGGGCUGCAGUUUUGGGGAAAUCACCUGGCUCUGGCUAGGUGCCUGAUGCACCUAUAGAUGACGACACUUUACAAGGACAGAGCGUGCUACUUCGUUUCAGAACCUUGCAAGCCUCUGUCAUGAGCCCCAAGUUAGAGGUGUCUAAUACAUAUCGCAUAGAUAAGCAUCACAGAAGGUGCAGGAACACUGAAACCCCAUCUUUAGGAAAUCCCCUCCUAACUGGAGGCAUACUAGGGUCACACAACUCUCUGGGCCUGCAGAGUUCAGUACUGCGGACAACAUAGGACUUGCUUGGACCAGGCUUAGAGGUGCUAAGACAAGGGGGAGACUUGGGGGGCUAAGGUGGUCAUGGUGGGACUCACAGGAAGAGAUGGGGGUAGAUUUGGGACCUUGAAGAGAAGCAAGAUUAGGAAACCAAAUGAGAGAGAGAUCUCCAGCUAGAGGAAGCCUGCUCUUGGGAAGCCCAGCACAGACACAUCAGGGCAGAUGUGCACACAAACUCACGGAGACUGUGACAGCAGGCACAAGGGCUGGACAAGCUCGAGCCAGGUGCCACCCCAACCAAGAAGCCAUUUGAAAUUAACAGCUGUCAAGAGAGGGGAGAAUCAGAGUCAAGGGGUGGUGGCACAUGCCACCAUGUUUGGGAGGCAGAGGUAGAGGUGAAUCUCUGAGUUCGAGGCCAGCCUGGUCUAGAGAGUGAUUUCUAAGACACCAGGGCUACAUAGAGAAAUCUGGUUGACAGAGAAAGAGAAGGAAGGAAAAAUCAAUUUUCUUCAAUAAAGUGACAUUGGAUAUAUCAACCAUGCUCAGAAAUAGUUGACCAACACAAAUCAGUCUUUAUGGUAGGUUGAUGUUUUGUUUUUCUUAAUUUUAUUUAUUUAUCAAGACUAAGUCUUGUCAGAUAGCCCUGGCCUGCCUCUGCCUCCUGAGUGCUGGGGUUAAAAGUAUGUGCUGUCUUUUUCGUUUGUUUUUAAUUAAUUUAUUUAUGUUUAAUUUUUUCCUUUGAUUUUUCAAGACAGGGUUUC